AUGUAUUGCAUUCAAUGGCUUUUACCGUUAAUUCUCUUGCCUCAUCCAAUUCUACCAAGCAUUCAUCAUUAUUUAUUUCUGGUGCUGCAUUUGCUCAAUUUUGUCAUUGAAAAACGUCCUUUGUAUAUUUUGGCCGUUAUGUUCACAUUAGUUACAAGUACAACGACUUACAAAUAUCCACGUGCUAUUUUCUAUUCAAACAAUCAAGAAUGUUGA